GACGGUUACGAUUCCCGCCACGGCGAGCGAACGGAUAAUGCUGCAAAUUACAGAUUGAGACGACGAGGACCCAAAGCCAGUGGUUCACAAUUCCCACCUUUCAUCAAUGGCCGCUCUUAGCUUCGGCUUUACCGCCACCACCAUCCACCUACCAUCAACUUCCAUUCGCUCUCGUCCCAUUCCCCAGACCAUAACCUGCAUCGGAUGGGACCCAGAAGGCCUCUUCGGAAAGCCUCAGACCGGUCACAUCGCUCGAAAUGAGUUCAAGAGGAGGCUGGAGAAAGACGCCGAAGCUCGCGAGGCUUUCGAGCGCCACGUUAGGGAAGAGAAAGAGCGCCGUAAAGCGCUUCGAGAGUCUCGUGUAAUUCCGGACAAUGUGACUGGCCUUAUCGAGUAUUUUCUUGAUACUGAAGCUCAGGAUAUUGAAUUUGAAAUCGCGAGGUUGAGACCCAGGCUGAAUGAGGAGUUUUUUUCACAUGUAAAACUUGAGCUGGGUGAGCUUAGAUUUGCCGUUAACAAAACCGAGGCCAUGGAAGAUAGAGUGAUCGAGUUGGAAGCAUUACAGAAAGCCCUUGAAGAAGGAAUAGAAGCAUAUGAUAAAAUGCAAAGGGAACUAGUAAAGGCAAGGGAAGGUUUAACCAAAAUAUUAACAUCAAAGGAUGUAAAAGCUACAUUGCUAGACAUGGUAGAGCGAAACGAGCUCAAUAGAUCGUUACUCGCCCUUCUCGACGAAAACAUAGCCAAUGCACAAAUGGGCAACCAGGUAAGUCUACCUUUUGAUCUGUUUUAUGAGUUACAAUGUCAGCAUCAACAAUAUCUUGUAGGGAAUAAAUUUCUGCCAAAAUAUUUUGAGGUUGACUAUGAAAGGAUUGAACACAUAAUUGGUAAAGAUCUAAGUUGAUAAGGAUCUAAGCUUUUUAUAUUCAUUUCUCUUCUAUUAAUUUUCUUGAAUGAACUCUUUUACUCAAUGAAUCUUCCAUUAACGAUAAACAGAAACAAGCUGCUGCUUUCAUGGAAAAGGUUCGAGGGGCCGUUCUCAAGUACAUUACAGCUUAAUAUUAUUGAGGUACAGAUUUUGAAUAUUUUCAGUUUCUUCUCAACAAUCAUAUGUAGGGGAACACGUUUACUAAUAUCUUAUAUAUAAUAGAUUGCGUAAUUUUGGCUGAAUUAA